AGGCAGGCGUACGCAGGCGGCGGCAAAGGACGAGCAGGCGCAGAGAUGGUCAGGUCGACGAUGAUAGCCCGAGUCACAGAUGGCUUACCCUUGGCCGCCUCUGUCGACGACGAGCAGACAGAGGGAGAGCUGAGCGAGGUGAAGCAGCAGGCCAAAUUGAUCUUUAGGCGAUUGACGCCUCAAUCCGAGCCACGCUGUUCCAUCGAGUCUGGGCCGUCGACGCUACACUACCUCAUCCUCAACGAUAUCGUCUACCUGACCAUCGCCGACAAAUCGUACCCUAGGAAACUCGCGUUCUCCUACCUGGACGAGCUGAGCAAAGAGUUUGAGCGCUCGUUCGGGGAUGACGCGCGGAAACCCAGCUUGCGACCGUACGCGUUCGUGCGCUUCGACAGCUUCAUACAGCGAACGAAGCGGCUCUACCAAGACACGAGGAAUGCAGCCGGAAAGGGGGCGGGGCUGGAUAGACUGAAUGAAGACUUGCAAGAUAUCACGCGCAUCAUGACCAAGAACAUGGAAGAUCUCCUCAUGCGCGGCGACUCUCUUGAUCGAAUGUCACACAUGUCCACGUCACUCAGGGACGAGUCGCUCAAGUACCGCAAGGCUGCGAGACAGAUCAAUCUACAAGCUGCGAUACGCAAAUAUGCGCCCAUCGGCGUACUCGGUCUCAUGCUCGUCUUUGUCAUCUGGUGGAAACCGGCCAAGCGGUUCACGUUCUUGAGCGAGCCAUCAAGUCUCCGCACUUUGGCUCUUUCCAGCUUGUCUGGCCUUCGAUUUCUGACCGACUCGAUGCCAGCACAGAUCUCGAUUGCUUGGUAUAUCUUCCUCCUGCUCGCCAUGACCGCCCUCGUUGCGCCCAAGAGGACUUCCCCCGUUCUGGCAACCCUUGCCUUGCUCUAUCUCGCCCAACGCUUCAACGGACUGGCGAGAUACUACAUCAGGCUGGCCGUCUACAUCGCUGGACUGGCCUCCAUCUCUCUUGCUGCCAUACCUGCUGCCGUCGUCAUGCGCUUGCUCGGCCAGAAAGCCAAUGUCAACUAUGUCGUCGCUAGAGUGGCAUACUAUCUCAUCAGUCCCUUGCUUGGCCUCACGAUCACCGUCGAGGGCGCGGAGCAUAUCAAGCAAGCUAGACCUGCCGUUCUUGUGGGCAACCAUCAGUCCAUGCUAGACAUACUCUACCUGGGCGCUUUCUUCCCGACCCAGUGCUCCAUCAUGGCCAAAAAGGAGCUCAAAUGGGUACCCUUGCUCGGUCAAUGGAUGUGGCUGUCCAACGCCGUCUUUGUGAAUCGCACAAACAGACAGGAUGCCAUGAAGGCUUUCCAAAAGGUGGGCGAAACGAUGAGGCGGAAAGCAGUCAGCCUCUUCAUCUUUGUAGAAGGUACUCGGUCAUCCACCGAGGUUCCCUCGCUCUUGCCGUUCAAGAAGGGCGCAUUCCAUCUGGCUGUACAGAGCGAUCUGCCCAUUGUUCCCGUCGUCUGCGAGAAUUACAAUGCUCUUUACAAUGCCAAAGAUCGGUUCAAUUCUGGCGAGAUCAUAUUGAAAGUCUUACCGCCUGUCAGCACACAAGGGCGGACAAGUUCGCACGAAGACAUCGAAGCGCUCGUGCAUGAAGUGAGGGAGAAGAUGCUCGACGCACUAGAGGAGCUUGCCUGCAGACCAAACAGCAUCGGCGCUAGCCGCAAAGUCGAGCGAGACGGUCAAAAAGCCCUCGAAUGGAAGCAAGGCAAAAGGCGUUCCUGAGCGCCCACGUUGACGGGUCCUCAGAGCUGUAUCAUACUCCCUCAUGUAUUGCAUCUGCAAUGUUCAUUCCAAGUUUUGACAUUGCAUUCGAGCGCAUACAAUUUCCAUGGGUGCC